CCGGGCGGCAGCGGCGGCGGCGGCGCUCGCGGCGCUGAGGAGGCGGCGGCGGCGGCGGCGCGGCAGGCGGGCGCACCCGGGCUUCCCGCCCGUCGGCGGCGCUGAGGCGUUCGCCGGCUCGGAGCCCGCUCCCCGCUCUCGGCCCUGGCCAGGGCAGGGCAGCGCGCCCCCGGGGAGGGGCGGAGCUGGAGAUAUGGUGUGAAAUAUUUCUGCAAGACUGGAUAGCUGAUGACCUGUUUCUUCUGAUUAACCUUAAGCAGACUUACAGCCAUAGAAAAGCCUCACGGAGUUCCACAUUUUGCUUUCUGCUUUACACCUUUUCUGUUAACUAAAUUUAUCCUGCAACCAUGUAUGGAAGUGCGCGCUCAGUUGGAAAGGUGGAACCAAGUAAUCAGAGUCCUGGGCGUUCACCAAGGCUCCCACGUUCUCCUCGCUUGGGUCAUCGUCGAACCAAUAGUACAGGAGGGAGUUCUGGAAGCACUGUUGGAGGUGGCAGUGGGAAAACCCUUUCAAUGGAGAACAUACAGUCCUUAAAUGCUGCCUAUGCCACAUCUGGCCCUAUGUACCUAAGUGACCAUGAAAAUGUGGGUUCAGAAACACCGAAAAGCACCAUGACACUUGGCCGUUCUGGAGGACGCCUGCCUUAUGGUGUUAGGAUGACUGCUAUGGGAAGUAGCCCCAACAUAGCUAGCAGUGGGGUUGCUACUGACGCUAUAGCAUUCGGAGAGCACCACCUUCCUCCUGUGAGUAUGGCUUCGACUGUACCUCACUCUCUUCGUCAGGCAAGAGAUAAUACAAUCAUGGAUCUACAGACACAGCUGAAGGAAGUAUUACGAGAAAAUGAUCUCCUGCGGAAGGAUGUAGAAGUGAAAGAGAGUAAAUUGAGUUCCUCAAUGAAUAGCAUCAAAACUUUCUGGAGCCCAGAGCUAAAGAAAGAAAGAGCCCUGAGAAAAGAUGAAGCUUCCAAAAUCACUAUUUGGAAAGAACAGUAUAGAGUUGUGCAGGAGGAAAACCAGCACAUGCAGAUGACAAUCCAGGCUCUCCAGGAUGAGCUGCGGAUCCAGCGGGACUUGAACCAGCUCUUUCAGCAGGAUAGCAGCAGCAGGACUGGUGAGCCUUGUGUGGCGGAGCUGACAGAGGAAAACUUUCAGAGGCUCCAUGCUGAGCACGAGCGGCAGGCCAAAGAAUUGUUCCUGCUCCGAAAGACAUUGGAGGAGAUGGAGCUGCGCAUCGAAACUCAGAAGCAAACCCUUAAUGCUCGGGAUGAAUCCAUUAAGAAGCUCCUGGAGAUGUUGCAGAGCAAAGGGCUUUCUGCAAAGGCUACUGAGGAAGACCAUGAGAGGACAAGACGGCUAGCAGAGGCAGAGAUGCAUGUCCACCACCUCGAGAGCCUCUUGGAGCAAAAAGAAAAAGAGAAUAAUAUGUUGAGAGAGGAGAUGCAUCGGAGAUUUGAGAAUGCUCCUGAUUCAGCUAAAACAAAAGCUCUCCAGACUGUCAUUGAAAUGAAGGACUCAAAAAUUUCCUCUAUGGAGCGUGGACUUCGAGACUUGGAAGAGGAAAUUCAGAUGCUGAAAUCUAACGGGGCUUUGAGCACCGAAGAACGGGAGGAAGAAAUGAAGCAAAUGGAGGUCUAUCGGAGCCAUUCUAAAUUUAUGAAAAACAAGAUUGGUCAGGUGAAACAGGAGCUGUCAAGGAAGGACACGGAACUCCUCGCCCUCCAGACAAAGCUGGAAACACUCACCAAUCAGUUCUCCGACAGUAAGCAGCACAUUGAAGUGCUGAAGGAGUCCUUGACGGCGAAGGAGCAGAGGGCAGCCAUACUGCAGACAGAGGUUGAUGCUCUUCGAUUACGUUUGGAAGAGAAGGAGACCAUGCUGAAUAAGAAAACAAAACAAAUUCAGGAUAUGGCUGAGGAGAAGGGAACCCAGGCCGGAGAGAUACAUGACCUGAAGGACAUGCUGGAUGUUAAGGAGCGGAAGGUUAAUGUUCUCCAGAAGAAGAUCGAAAACCUUCAAGAGCAACUUAGAGAUAAGGAAAAGCAGAUGAGCAGUUUGAAGGAGCGCGUCAAAUCCUUGCAGGCCGACACCACCAACACCGACACUGCCUUGACAACUCUGGAGGAGGCUCUUGCCGAGAAAGAGCGGACCAUUGAGCGCUUAAAGGAACAGCGAGACAGAGAUGAGCGAGAGAAGCAAGAGGAAAUUGAUAACUACAAGAAAGAUCUUAAGGACUUGAAGGAAAAAGUCAGCCUUUUGCAAGGAGACCUUUCAGAGAAAGAGACUUCUCUCUUGGAUCUGAAAGAGCACGCUUCUUCCCUGGCCUCCUCAGGACUGAAAAAGGACUCCAGGCUUAAGACACUCGAGAUUGCUUUGGAGCAGAAGAAGGAGGAGUGUCUGAAAAUGGAAUCACAGUUGAAAAAGGCACACGAGGCAACAUUGGAAGCUAGAGCCAGCCCAGAGAUGAGUGACCGGAUACAGCAGUUGGAGAGAGAGAUUGCCAGGUACAAAGAUGAAUCUAGCAAGGCCCAGGCAGAAGUUGACCGCCUCUUGGAAAUUUUGAAGGAAGUGGAAAAUGAGAAGAAUGACAAGGAUAAGAAGAUUGCUGAGUUAGAAAGUCUCACAUCAAGGGAUUACUCCUGGCAGGGCUUAGGAGGACCACAUGGGGUGCCAGGGAUCAAACCCAGGCAGGUGAAAGACCAGAAUAAGAAGGUAGCAAACCUGAAGCACAAGGAACAGGUGGAAAAGAAGAAGAGUGCGCAGAUGCUGGAGGAGGCCCGGCGGAGGGAGGAUAACCUCAACGACAGCUCCCAGCAGCUCCAGGACAGUCUCCGUAAGAAGGAUGACAGGAUUGAAGAACUGGAAGAAGCACUAAGAGAAAGUGUGCAGAUAACUGCAGAGCGAGAAAUGGUGCUAGCACAAGAGGAAUCAGCCAGGACCAGUGCUGAAAAACAGGUGGAGGAGUUAUUGAUGGCCAUGGAGAAAGUAAAGCAGGAACUGGAGUCAAUGAAAGCGAAGCUGUCCUCCACUCAGCAGUCUCUGGCAGAAAAGGAAACUCAUUUAAGCAAUCUUCGGGCAGAGAGAAGGAAGCACUUAGAGGAAGUUCUGGAAAUGAAGCAAGAAGCUCUUUUGGCUGCCAUUAGUGAAAAGGAUGCUAACAUCGCUCUUUUGGAACUUUCUUCCUCGAAGAAAAAGACCCAAGAAGAGGUUGCUGCACUCAAGCGGGAGAAGGAUCGGCUGGUGCAGCAGCUUAAGCAACAGACACAAAAUCGAAUGAAGCUAAUGGCCGACAACUACGAGGACGACCACUUCAAAUCCUCCCAUUCCAACCAAACCAAUCACAAGCCCUCCCCAGACCAGAUCAUUCAGCCCCUCUUAGAACUUGACCAAAAUAGAAGCAAAUUAAAGUUGUAUAUUGGACACCUGACAGCCCUCUGCCAUGACCGAGACCCCCUGAUCCUUCGUGGACUCACUCCACCAGCUUCCUAUAACUUGAACGAUGACCAGGCAGCUUGGGAGACUGAGCUGCAGAAGAUGACUCGGGAACAGCUGCAGCUGGAGCUGGAGAAGUGCGAGCAGGACAAUGCCGAGCUGCAGGAGUUCGCCAACACCAUCCUGCAGCAGAUAGCAGACCACUGCCCGGACAUCCUGGAGCAAGUGGUCAACGCGCUAGAAGAGUCCUCCUGACCCCACUUCCUGGGGGGCAGCCGGCCCGGCAGCUCGACAUAGUGGACUCAAGCGCCAGGGAAGGAGGCACCGAGGAAGAGCACCCAGAGACUUCUUGGCACCAAACACUACAGACGUGAGCCUGUCAUGCUUUGUCCCCUGAGUGUGAUUCCAGCACCCGUUUCCGCGCCCGCCAUCUUAGUCCGCCUUUCUCCGUGGGCCGUGGCCCACACACUAAUGUUCUCGAUGUCCAGGAUGGGUAAGUGGCCAGGACCUGCCCUGUCGGCGUGCACGGUGUAGCCUGUGGAAGCUGGUGGCCCGCCCCUCCAGUAGGACAGGCAGUAGCACCUCUUACUCUCUGUCCCUGGCGUGAGACUCAGUCUGCACUCUGCCUGCAGCUCGCCGGCCUCGAGAACAGUGCUCCGUGGCCCAGAGCUCAUGGUCCUCAUGUCGCUCCAGGGGCCUCCUCCCAGACAAGUCCACUCAGUCUCCAAAAGAGAGAGUUAUUAGAAGCAGAGGAUGGAAGGCGAGAAAGGACAGGGACGCUUCUCACGGUGUCUUUCGUUGGCUUUUCACAUGUGAUGGUUCAUGUGGGCAGCGGCCUGCAGGCCUCGUGUUGCCUGGUGAAACGGCAGCCCAGGUUUUACCCGCCUCCAUGGACUGUCUCGCUCCCCCUGCCCUGCUCAGCCAGUGCGCAAGGGGCGAGCAGAUGAUCUCUCAUGCCAGACCCCCUGACCUUACUCUCUCGGAGGGUGUCAGAUCACCUGUUUCUGAACAAGAGACUAGCGCGGUGGGCAUAAGGCACCGUCGCCCUCACCUGCAGCUCUGCUUCUGUAGAAGACCGUCCCUUGGCAUCAGAUUAGUUCCUUCUACCCAUCUCCCUCAGCAACAUUCUCGGCCCCAGAGCCCCCAAAAGAAUGUUUCCGCCUUCCUGUCACACCCGCCUCCCACCCUUUCUUCUCCCUCCUGGCUUGCACUGCUGGAACCACAGCCGUAUGCAUUGCUUGGAACCUCUUUCUGGCACGAAGAAUGUUUCUGCUCCCACACACAUUCCUUCCCUCAUUCUUUCAGUCAAACAAUAUUUACCAAAUGCCUACCGAGGAGAAGGCGCUGUUAGGCGCCUCUUGGGUGAGGAUGAGCUCGAGAGGAUUCGGUGAGGUGCCUCGCUGAAAAAUGCAAAAGCUGUCAGAGGCAGACCCGUCCCUUCCCCUGCCUUCCUAGAAGAUGUCUUUUCUAGAAAACUCUCUCACAAAUCCAGCAUUUCUCAGUCAAGUAGAAGUGAGGUGGUUGCAGGUGUACGCAGAGGGGUGAGUUAGUGACACACCAACAAGAUCCAGUCAGUGCUUCAGGAUUUGUGGUUGUUGCUCUUUACUAAGAGUGUAUGACACUGGGGGGCGGGGGGAUGUCAAACAGUGGAUGGCAUUUUUGAACAUAUUUGUGGGUACCUUGUGGAAUGUGGCCAGCUCCGUGCUUGCCGGUCAGAAAGCUGAUCCCCAGAUUCCAAAUCUGGCAGAAGAUAUUGCAUGGAGAAGGGCCUUUCCCCCGGUACAGACAGUGAUCGUGAUAAAUAAUCAGGCGCUAGAAAAUAAACUACUUAACCCCAAUCUAGCCCUUGGACCACCUCUGUGGCCAGGCCCAGCCCCCCCACAUCUUCUGAUAAGAAGUACCAGGCCCCUGUUCCUGUUGUGUUUCCUCGGCGCCAUCCCAGUCCCUCCUGGAAAGAAUCCAGCACUGCCUAUAACGUCCCCAGAGCCCCCCGCCUGGUGUCUCCCACCAGCAGCCCUUGACUGUCCAUUAACUUAUAUGGUCAGGCCUGCAGCCGCGCAGACUCCCCGCUGUCAGCCUCUGCCUGAGCAAGCUGCGGAGCGCCCCUUAUCACUGCCGAACGGCCUCUGCCCCUGCACUUCCUCCCAAGAUGCUUCCUGAUAGCCAGGCCCGGCCAGAGUGCUGCAGGGGUAGAUAAUAAGAGGCAGUUGGUUGUGGUCAGUCCCCGAGAUCCAAUUUCUUCAUUGCUUUGCCCAUCCAUCAUGGGAUAAACCCUCAGAAUUUUAGGACCGGGGUAGGGGGCAGUCCACUCCAAUCUUAUUUUAGCUGCCCUAAGGCAGAGAACAGAGCCUUGGUCCCACUCUUCAAAGGAUGGCUCCAGGGUAGGGAGCACAGGGGCCACACCGGGCUCAGAGAACUGAGCUGGCCUGGCCUGGUCCUGGCUCCAGCUUGCUGUUCUCUGACUGCUUGGCCAGGGGGCCCUGGACCCCCUGGAAUGCAAACCCUGCCACUCCUUGCCUUCUGAUGCAUGACUUACUACACCGCCUUCCUUCCUCAUUGUACCUCAAGCCCCACCCGCCACCGCCAACUUGAUCAUAGUUUCUGUGUAAAAAUAAAAAGAAAAGAAAAGGGCGCGCAGGCGAGCGAGGCAGGUGAAGGAAGGAAGAAGGCCAAACUGGUUGCUCGAUCGGUUUAUUUCAUGUCCAUCUCCAUUCUCCUCUGAUUCUCCUCCUGCUUCUUUCUCCCCCAUCCUACUUCAUUCUCUCUCUCUCUGCCUCUCUCCCGGCUCUCGGUCUCUCUCUCUGGAUCUGUGGAUCUGGCUCUCGUGGAUCUGGCCCCGUGGAUCUGGCUCCGUGGAUCUGCCCCGAUGGAUUUGGCCCCGAUGGAUCUGGCUCUGGCCCCCAACCCACUCUUACAGCCUAGUUAAAUCUCCACCGCAUGAGGGGGUUGGGGCAUACCCCUAGGUGUGGUCAACAAUAGGGUAAGGUUCUUUUCCCUCAGGGGAUGCUUCUCCUAGGACUUAAUUCUCUAUCAGCAGGAGGAUCCACCCAAGGGCAGAGUCCCAUGAAUUGUGUUUCUCUUCUCCUCAGCCAGCAAGCAUAUAAGAAUUCAUAAUAUUAAUUAUUUUGUAUGGACACAAUAAGAGAUGCAUUAAAGCUUAUAGAAUUGCUCUCCUGGGGCCAUCUCAAUCUCAGACUACAGUGCUCAGGCCAGAUCAGUCUUUCCUAGCCCUGGCAGGGUCCCAGUCUCAUAAUUACUAUUGGAUCAUGACAGUAUUUGUCUAUGAUCAAGCUCUUAACUUAUAGUUAAGAAUUAGGCACUUUGGCCAGGCCCAUCUCGAUGCCAGGGUAGCACAUAACUCACCGCUUGCCCUGGAUCCUUCCCGUCCCACGUCGGGGACCCUACUUUGGGGUGCUAGGAACUGAGGGCAACUGAGGCUUAAGUGGAGAAAGCAGAUGCCCAGAAGGGAAUAUCGAGGCCAAUUAAGUCUUAAGUUAUAAGAACAUAAUAUUGUCUUCUUGUGUCUAUACAAAAAGACAUAGCUUUAAAGUAAAUUAUUCAAAAGGCAUAAAGAGGAGAGAAAGGCGAUGUUAUAAUAUUCAGUGUCCUAGGAAGUUCUGACCUUACCAAUUAACAGAGUUUGAUUAAGGAAGAGCAGAUAAACUGGUAGAAUUGGUUACAGAUAAACAAAAGAAUGGGAGUGACUCGGGAGCACUUUGAUGGGUGUGACUGAUAAACCUAAGCUCCUAGUGGCAAGGGGGAAAGGACAAACCAAUGAUAUCCAACAGUUUCCUGGACAGGUGCUUUGGGGAUGCAGAUUGCCCAGGCAGGCAGCAGGUGUCUGGUCUCUCCUAGAACCAUAGCGGGGGGUUCUGUGACCCUUUCUGAGCCGGUGGUCCUCCUGGCAUUACAUCUGUUUCGGGGGCAGGGGCGGGGGGUUAGUCCUAGAAGAAAGUAGGAUCUGGCUAAAGUUUGGUUGUGAGCGUGACCUGCCCUCCAUAGAUCAGAGUUAAUGCACUUCUAGCAUUUAGACCUGAGUGAUUUUUUUCCACCCUGUAGUACCCUGUAGGCUGCUACUGGUCUUCCAGCCAGUGGUGUUCAGCCAUGGUAAUGAUCAUUCUGGGAGCCAAAUCUCACAUCUGCCUUUUCCAUCAUAUGAGAAAAUGUCAUCCCAUGGCCUCUUCUAUUCAUGGUUUCACAAGUCACUCAACUGGGGCUGGAACAAGAGUAGAGUGGGGAGGGUAUUUGCCUUGCAUGCAGCCAACCCAGAUUCCAUCCUCAGCAUCCCAUAACGUCCCCCACGCACCAUCAGGAGGGACUCCUGAGUGCAAGCCAAGAAUAACCCCUGAGCAUGUCCAGGUGAAGCCCCAAAAAACAAACAAGCAACAAAAAGUCACUCAACCAUUUCUGGAGAUGGAAAAUUCCCCGCAGGCUGCUCCGUCACAGUCGCCAAACUCUUUCCUGCCCUUGGCAAUUCUAGUUGUCCUUUCGGACCUAAAAGAUCUGAACCCCAAAUCAAGGGCUUCCAAACAGGAGACCAUAAAAAGAAGAGCACAUGGAAUCCAAUCUGUGGUUCCUGGUUAAAAACACGACUAAUUAACACAUGAUUUUCCCCUCUUUCCAAACGCCUGUUCCACAGGAACUUGGUGAGUUCUUGAUGAAGUAUCUAAGUUGGGAUUUGCAGGGACUUGAAUGAUGAAAUGUGGACUUUCGUGUGAAUGGGAAUCCCCAAACCCAUCUCAGCUCUGACUGUGACCGUGUACUUAAAGAAGAUCUUAGUCUCCUCUCUCUUCCCGAGACUUGGGUUUUAGAAAUUCUAGCAAAGCAGGCCAAACCCAAGGCUGCCUUCAGUGUCCCGAGUGGGCCUGUGAAUUAGCCCAUGCAGCGGGAGGGGUCCCUGAAGUUGCUCCUUGACUCCCCCACUCCUCUGGGUUCUGGUCCCGGACGAAGAAACCUUCCGCAAGUGUCAGUUCACUAAACGAACCGCUCCCUGUCGCAUUCAGAUUUGCUGCUCGUGUCCUGCCGGUCCCCAGUCCCCUCCUUUCCCUUGCCUGGCCUCAUCUCUCCAGCCUCGGCCCUCUGGCUGCCCUCAGGGUCUUUGAGGAAAGAGCUAACGGAGAAGUGACCGUGUGGCCGCAUAGCAUGUGCCUCUCGCAGGCACUUUCGCGGCGGCAGUGGGCCAGGGUCAGCAGUCUCCACUUCCCAGCCUCGCCCCCGUCUGCAAGAGUCCAGGAUGUGGCAAAGGAGCUAAGAAGAGGAACAGAGGCAGCGCCGUCUGCGGCCCCUUGCAGCGCCUGCCAGCCCAACAUCCAUCACUGCCAGUCCCUGGGUUUCUCGGGACAGCGAGUCAGACACUCAGAGAACUGCAUGAAGAAGUGAAGAAGUCGGAAUUCCCACCCCCUCACCUCCCCCACCCCCGCCCCAACACACACACACACACACACACACACACACACACACAAAUCCCAUGAACCAAGGGGAACAUUUGGGCAAGAAAACACACUACAUUACAGGGAGAUCCUUCUGAACAAAAUGGCUGUCUUUCAUUACUCUUUUUUCAAGCAAAAAACUGUUUCCAAACUUUUUAUUGUCAAAACCAUAACCAAGUCUCUCCUGAUUUUUUUUCCCCAAUGUGUUUGGUGAGUGCUGUAACCCUAUUGUAGGUAUUUCUCCUCCUGAGUCUUUUGGGGGAGAGGUGGUUUGGGGGGGGGGGGCGGGGGCUGAUUUGCAGGGAAGCAAAUCCCAUCCCGUUCCCCCCUCUUUCGUUUCUCUGCUUGUCAAUAUUGUUGUGUGAUUCAGAGAAUUAGGACAGUUCCAUUGUGUCCAUUGUUGAGAAUAUUAAGAUAUUAAAAAGUAGUUGUAGAGCCAAACAAUUAAAGAGCUGUGUUUUAAAAAAAAAAAAACAAACAAAACAUACAAACCAAUACCAUGUUAAUUAACAAAGGAAUUCAAGCUAUGAGGCAGCCCCUCUCCUCCUCCUGAGCUGGCGGAGGGGGCAGCGGGACUGGCCGUGGGAAGCAGUGACCGCGUUGCCCACUGCAGGCAGCUGAGCGCCAGGAUGGAGACUCCGCUGAGCUCUCAGGAGGCUGUGGGGUUCAGAGUCCCGACCGUGCCCGUUUUCUUACACUUCCUCAGAACCUCCACGUGGAGGCUGCAGGCUGCGGCCCCAGCGACACCCUCACCCCACUUCGGUUCCAGCUCCGUGUGCCUGAUACUGUGUGGUGACCCGGGCCGGGCCCCGCAGCCUCACGCCCGCCACAGCCCCCUUCAGGCCGCAGAGCCUCGUUCGUGCCCACUUGGUGCUAUAUCAUCCAGUGACCCAUCCAAUACGGCCGGCCACCGGCCAGCCUGGCGCCUGCCGUCAGAUCCGGGGGCUCUGCUCAGAUCUCGGUCCCUCCUGGCUUCAGUCUGGAGAACCGGGCCUGAGCAUCUUGGCAGAGCCCAGCUCGCCCCGCCCGGGCUCUUGUCUCUCGGCCCCGAGUUGCCGUGGCCAGGAAAGGAAGGGAACCCUCCUGAGCCCAGGGAAGGAGCUCGGGCUGGGGGGCCCCUCUGCACCCAGCCCUGUUCCGCACGCCACACCAGUAUUGCAUCCACCCUCUGCUGCAGCGCGGCCCGCCAGGGGCAGCACACCAGGGGGUCUGGGAGGGAGCCGUGGGGGUCUUCGGGGCUCGCUCCCCUCUGCUUCAGAAGGAAGUGCUGCACUUUACAAGGUGCUGAGAAGCACUGGGUACUGACACCUUUUAGCUUGAGUUCCUUUUGGUGACAGUAGCAGCCGCAAUGGUGGCAUCUGUGAUGCAAAAAUGCACCACUGCCUUCCACCGUAUGUGUGUGUGUGUAUGUGCGCGCGCGUGCACGUGUGUGCACGCACGUGUGUGCGGGUGUGCGUGCAGUGGCUGGGGUCAUGUUACUGACAGGAUAAUGACAUUACAAAGAAAUUGUGUUAUGGUCAAUUUUGCCUUGAUAAUUAUUGUAAACACUUUGUUCAUUUUUUUCUUUUUUAUUCACAAACUAAAUCCAUCAGGAAAUUAUAAAGUUAUUUAAAAAGUG